AUGCGGCGAUACAGCGCGGGAUGCGGGGAUGCAAGGAGGCGGCGGAGCAGCGAGUGGCGAGGAGGUGGCGGCGGGGCUCGUGAUCGCGCACCCCGACGACGAGUCCAUGUGCGCCCCGCCUCGCCGCCUCCCCGCCUCCCCGCCUCCCCGCCUCGCCGCCUCCCUGCCUUCCCGCCUCCCCGCCUCCCCGCCUCGCCGCCUCCCUGCCUUCCCGCCUCCCCGCCUCCCCGCCUCCCCUCCUCCCCGCUUCCUGCCUUCCCGCCUCCCCGCCUCCCCGCCUCCCUGACCUCCCGCCUCCCCGCCUCCCCGCCUCCCCGCCUCCCUGACCUCCCGCCUCCCCGCCUCCCCGCCUUCCCGCUUUCCCGCCUCCCCGCCCUCCCGCCUGCCCGCCUCUCCGGCUCCCCGCCUCUUAGUCCUCGCACGCCUCUCUUGCGCCCCGCCUCGCCUCGCCUAACCUCGCCUCGUCUCCGCCCUCCUCGCCCGCUGUUCUUCGUGCCCACGCUGCGCGCGCUCGCCGCGCGGCCCUCCGCGGUGGGGCUCCUCGUCUGGUGCGCGGCGCUGCCACAAGCUGACUCCAUACAACACGGCGCCCGCUGCGCGCUGCACAUCCUCUGCCUCUCCUCAGGCAACGCGGAGGGGCUGGGCAGCACGAGGAGGGCGGAGCUGAAGGCAGCAGCGGCGACCCUCGGGAUAGCCCAGCAGUGCGUGGAGGUGGUGGACCACCCGCAGCUGCAGGAUGGCAUGGACCAAUCCUGGCCGUCGGAUGUCAUUGCCGGCUUCGUCACUGACUUUGUGAAAAGGCACCAAAUAAAAACGCUCCUCACAUUCGACGCCUGGGGUGUGUCGGGCCAUCCCAACCACCGUGCCAUCAGCCAUGCUCUCAGGUGCGGCAUCCGUUGA